GAGACCCGUAGGCAGGGGCUGGGGAUAAAUGCUAAAUUCAAGCUGAGACGCACAGAACUGGAUAACCAGUUCGUGGCACUUGGAGAAGAGGAGAGCGGACCCCAAAUCUCCAUGCCCCCGAGCUCUCCUGGCUCCUCAAGAGCUCGGACAGCACAGGGAGGCGGCAUGUGAGUCUGAAGUUUUGGAGUUCCAAGGCCCUACAGACCCACGUCCUGUGGAGGUGUGACUCGGAGCACCAACUGCAAAGUGUGGCGACUGGUCCUCGCCUCGGGGAGGAAGCCGUGUACUCUCAACCGAGGCCGCCGCCUCCACUUGGGCUCCGAGGAGUUCUUCGCCACUGCCGCAGACCUAUUUCCGAGGCGGGGAGUCUUCGUUUUUUUAUGAGCUUGGGAACUUGGAGCGGACCCUUGUCCACCCCCUCGGUUGGGGGCGUACCCGGAAGUGCUCCUACGGAGGCUCGCGAGGCCGCGCGAGGCUCUUCACCAUGGCGACGGCUGGGGUCCCUCAGCGCUUCUGCCGCUGCGCCUGCUUCUGCUCGGAGAACUUGUACUUGCCGCGCUACGGCCUGCACGUGCGCUUCCGGGGCGAGCAGCAGCUUCGCCGGGACUACGGCGCGGUGCUGCGCAGCAGAGGCUGUGUCAGCCCACAGGACUUCCAGCAGCUGUUAGAAGAGCUGCAGCAGGAGGUUGAGCGGCGGCAGCGGCUGGGGCAGGAAUCGGCUGCCAGGAAAGCCUUCAUCGCCAGCUCCUACCACCCAGCAAGGCCUGACAUCUAUCAUUCACUGCAGGAAGGGUCCCUGGCCUCUGAGUUUCUGGCUGCGACCGAGUAUAGCACAUCGCCAGGUGCAAACCUCCAGGGCCUUCUUCAGCGGCUGGAGACUGUAUCAGAGGAGAAGCGUAUCUACCGGCUGCCAGUGUUCACGGCGCCCUUCUGCCAGGCCUUGUUGGAAGAGCUGGAGCAUUUUGAGCAGUCGGAUAUGCCCAAGGGACGACCUAACACCAUGAACAACUAUGGGGUGCUGCUUCAUGAACUGGGCCUGGAUGAGCCACUGGUGACACCGCUGCGGGAGCACUUCCUCCAGCCACUAACGGCCCUGCUCUACCCGGACAGUGGGGGUGGCCGGCUGGACAGCCACCGUGCCUUCGUGGUCAAAUAUGCACCACACCAGGACCGUGAACUGGGCUGUCACUAUGAUAAUGCCGAGCUCACCCUCAACGUGGCCCUGGGCAAGGCCUUCACGGGGGGCUCCCUCUACUUCGGGGGCUACUUCCAGGCACCUUCAGCCCUGGCCAAGCCCCUGGAGGUGGAGCAUGUGGUUGGCCAGGGUGUCCUUCACCGAGGUGGCCAGCUGCAUGGGGCCCGGACCCUGAGUACUGGUGAGCGCUGGAACCUCGUGGUCUGGCUCCGGGCCUCUGCGGUGCGCAACCAUCUCUGUCCCAUGUGCUGCCAAAAGCCUGAGCUGGUGGAUGAUGAAGGCACUGGAGAUGGCUUCACCCGGGAGGAGCCUGCCAUGGUGGAUGUGUGUGCACUGACUUGAAUCUGGUGGAAACCAGGGUGGGUGGUGCAGUAGGCAAGGGUUCUGCCCCCCCCCCCCUUGAGUCAGUUAGGGCAGAAAUAAAACUACCUGUAGCCCCUGGCACUUAGUUCAGAAGGACACACAAUCUUAUGGGUCAUUCUUACAGCAGACAGGCAGGCUUAGGUUGGGCAGGUUCGAAGUGGAGCCUGAGAUGAGGAUUCUUUGUGAAUGGGUCAUGGAGGGAAUAUCCUCAGGGAAGGGGCAGGGCUGAGAUGUGCUUGCCCCACCUCCACCCCCAGUUACUGGCUGGGAUGUGUGUUGGGGUGGGACAAGUGUGUGUGUGGUGGUGAGUAUGAACUUCCCAGGCACCUAUCUCCACGGCAAGAUGGCUCUGAUCUCCAAGGGAAGCUUCCUGGGGAGUAUGGUGUGAGCUAUCCACAGUGGCCUGAGCUGGGGAGAAAGCACCUGUGCAAAGGGACCUGAGUGGCCACCAGGUGUCUUAUCCAGGAGUUAAGAGCAGAGACUGGGUGGCCACUUGACCAGCUUGCUUCAGUUUGCUCUGCACUCCUAGAUUUGUUGGGUGAUUCAGAUGAGGAAAUGUGAAUAAAGUGUUUAUUAAGGGGUUUGUUUGCUGCUGCGUUGUCGUUACUGAGGAGUCUGUGAGGGCUGCAGCUGUGCUCUGUCUGGUUGCACUUUUGCAAAGCAGGGAUUUCCUUAUUGAAACCUUGACCUCCGGCUUCUCUGGGAAGAGGAGUUCUGGAAACACCAGGCCCCAUCCCACCUGGCAGAGAUUGGCUCAGCCGCCAACUUGGGACAGGCCCGCAGCCCACUCCCCAGCAGGGUCCCUUCGUGCUCUUGCCAUGGUCUCUGCUGCUUGUGUGGACAUAUGAGGGUAUCUUCUGUAUUCACGGUGCGGACCGGGGCAUGUCAACCUGGAGGGAAAGGGGCGCGCAAGCGGGUGAUCAUCUCCCAGAUCAUUAGGCUUCGGGUGUGUCUGACGUGCAGCCCUGGAAGAGAGCCUUCGUGGGAGUUGGGCAAGGCGGAUUCUGUUUUUAUCCCAGUGUGGGAGUCACGGAACCUGGGGCUCAGAACUAAAGACAGCGGCACCUUGCUCCCCAGCCGGACCGCCUUCCAGAGCACCACCCAGGCCGGAAGUCUCACAGCCACCGCUUCCUCACGAGA